CCUACCUAACUGCUAAGAGCCGACCUUUCAGGGUGCUGUGUGUCUGUUUGACACGUAUCUCACUCCCCUAUGGUGAAAUCUACCUGUGUGUCGGUUAUGAAAGCUUUUCGGUCAGUUUAAGACAGACAAACCUUUUGUAACGUUUAUUGCGGACUGGUUUACAACCUGCAAAAUGGAGCCGGGGGCGAGUGACGCGACAGCAGGUGCUCCAUACGUUGAACCAUCCAAAAUGAAGAAAAAGAGCAUUAAGGAGAACAAAAAGGAAACCUUAGCCCAAGUGGAGCAUACCAGCACUAUGAAGCAUCUCUUUGGCUUUGAGAAGGAAGACAUCUCCUCGUGGCAUCGGCUGGUAUGUCUCUUCAAUCGCCCCACUGACCCAGCCUCUUUGGGCAUUUUUCGUUUCUUAUUUGGUAUGCUCAUGGCACUGGACAUCACCCAGGAGCGAGGACUAAGUCAUCUGGAUUACAAGUAUUUAGAUGGGGCACCAGUGUGCCGCUUCCCCCUCUUCAACUUCCUGAAGCCCCUUCCCAUGGACUGGAUGUUCUUUGUGUAUUUUGUGAUGUUCCUUGGUGCUGUUGGUAUCAUGCUCGGCUGUUUUUAUCGCCUUGCCUGUCUUAUGUUUAUAUCCACUUACUGGUACAUUUUCUUCCUGGACAAAACAACCUGGAACAAUCAUUCUUAUCUGUACGGACUCAUUGGCUUUCAGCUCACACUCAUGGAUGCCAACAGAUACUGGUCAUUAGAUGGACUUCGAAACCCUAGGAAAAGGAACGCCCAUGUACCACUCUGGAACUACACUAUGCUGAGAACUCAGAUCUUCAUAGUGUACUUUAUUGCUGGAGUCAAGAAACUGGAUGCUGAUUGGGUGGAAGGAUACUCAAUGAAGUACUUGGCGCACCAUUGGUUAUUUGACCCUUUCAAGCUAAUCUUGCCUGUUGAAUUGAUCAGUCUGAUGGUGGUCCAUGGUGGAGGUCUGAUCUUAGACCUCACAGCUGGCUAUCUGCUCUUUUUCGAUGCCACACGUCCCGUUGCCUUCUUCUUUGUCAGCUAUUUCCACUGCAUGAAUUCCCAGCUUUUUAGCAUUGGAAUGUUUUCCUACACCAUGUUGGCCACAAGUCCUCUCUUCUGCUACCCCGACUGGCCAAGACGCUUUUUCGGCCAUUUCCCAGAGUUCCUCCAGCCCAUACUGCCCUUUGUCUCUCCUGCCCCGGUUUCUAGCUCCUCCUGUGUCUACCCAGAACCACCCAGUGAAUCUCGAGAACAGCAAGAAGAGGCUCAAGCUGCUCCCAAACCCAUCACUCCGAGCUUCAAACACAAGUUUAGAGCCAUCUUCGCCAUCCUUUACAUCAUAGAACAGUUCUUCUUGCCGUACUCACACUUCAUCACGCAGGGCUAUAAUAACUGGACAAAUGGACUGUAUGGCUACUCAUGGGACAUGAUGGUUCACUCUCGCUCACAUCAACAUGUCAAGAUCACCUACAGAGACGGAGUAACGGGGGAGAUGGGAUAUCUGAACCCUGGCGUUUUCACUCAGAGUCGGAGAUGGAAAGACCAUGGAGACAUGUUGAAGCAGUACGCCACUUGCCUGAGUGAAAAUCUGCCACACUUCAACAUCUCAGACCCAGAGAUCUACUUUGACAUAUGGGUGUCUAUUAAUGACCGCUUCCAGCAAAGGAUAUUUGACCCACGUGUUGACAUCGUAAAGGCUGACUGGUCACCAUUCCAUCCCAAUUCAUGGCUCAUGCCGCUGCUCGUUGAUCUCUCACCAUGGAGAAAUAAAUUUGAGGAGAUUGAAGGGUCUUUAGACAACCAGACUGAGGUGGUCUUCAUCGCUGACUUCCCAGGCCUUUAUCUUGAAAACUUUGUGAGUGAGGAUCUUGGCAACACCAGUGUUCAAGUCCUGGGAGGUCUGGUGAAUGUUGAAAUAGUGGAAGAGAAGAAGAAUUAUAGUUUGCAACCUGGUGAAAAGAUGCAGAUUCCAGCAGGUGCAUAUCAUAAGGUGUACACUACGUCUGGAGGGCCAUCGUGUUACAUGUACAUCUAUGUAAAUACUACUGAAGCUGAGCUUCAGAAAAACUUCACAAAGCUUUCUGAACUUCAAGAGAAAGUACGCAAUGGAACAGAAACCGAGCCUUUGCCUCCUGAGCUGCAGCCGCUCAUCACUGGUCUCGAUGACCAGGACUCGGACGACAACGUGAUCGACCCCGUAGUGCGACUUUUCCUGAAACGACAGAAGCGCAUGCAGGAGGUGAAAAAGAGACGAGAAGCUUCUACGAUUGAAAGGUUCCAGAGAUUUGCUUCAAAGAAAUACUACUCAAUUAGAAGAGGGUUCCUGAUGACAGCCAUCGCGUUGCGUAAUCUGGCCGUGGGUUUGCCACCGAUAGAGCAACUGACAAGAGAAGUGGCUUACGCCAACAUGAAGGAACCUGAGACAGAGGCCGAGACAGAGACCAAUCAGGAUGAGCAUCUUAAAGAUGAGGGGGGCCACGGAGAGCUGUGAGAAAAGACACAGUUACUCAGCUGCAAAUCAACAAAUGCUUUAAUAGGUCAGUAUUUGUAGAGCAUUUCAUCUUGUUUACAGUUUAGUCUUCAUUUUUUUUUUUCUCCUUUUUAUUCAUUACUAAAAUCCGAAAAUGAAAAACUGUCAUCUUUUACACCCCCUCAUGUUGCUCUUACCCGUGUGAUCGUUGGAUUUUAAGUUUAAUACUAUAGUACUGAUAACGUAAUAGUAAAGAGGUUUUUUUUAAUUGUUUCUGUUUUUAAUUGAACUUCCACCGUAUGGUACAGAACAGAAUGGACUUUUUUUUUUUUAACAUUUCUACUUUUGUGUUCCACCAACGUCAUACAGCUUUGGAACAACAUUUAAGGUAAAAUGAGGAUUUAUAUUUAAAAUCUAGAGUUUUCGGGUGAACUAUUCUU